AUGGAGGAGGCUUGUCAAGUUUUCACAUUGGGAGAUCCCAAUGCGAAGCAGUGGAGAAACAUUCAAGGCAUUGGACUUCAUCAUCCACGUUUACAUGCCGUUUGCAUCAAGGGGGUUAUCUAUUACCUAGCAAUUAAAGAAUUUGGGGAUAGUAACUCUUUCUUGGUGAGUUUUGAUGUUAGCUCCGAGAAAUUUGGUACUCCCGAGGCUCCAAAAACACUGAUAGAUCAGUUUUACUCGUCUUUGAUAAAUUACCAAGGGAAGUUAGGUUUCAUGUACUGGAAAAAUGGCAUGGAGAUUUGGGUUAUGGAAGAUGAUGGUAGGAAGAAACAAGAAUGGUCCAAGAUUAUCUUUUACGACAUGCGUGGAUUUGAAAACGGACGCAUAUUUGCGGGUGUGGCUCAUGGUGGUGGGAUCGUUUUUGUCAAUAACCUGUUCAUCGAUUCCGACACAUUAUUAUCUGUCUCCUAUUAUGAUCCAAACCGAAAUAGUUUUAGAUGCGUUGAAGUCGAAGGUACUAAGGCGAAGGAUCUUGUUCGUAUAUGGGUUGUUCCGGAUCAUGUCGAGGAUACAAUGCGCUUUUUUAAAGAACCUAUCGGGUGUGAUUCGGUUCAUAGAAAAGUUGUCAGAUGCAUCUAUAUCCCUUCAGAUCUUCUAACGGUCGAUAUACUCUCAAAACUCCCGGUGAAGUCACUUGUGAGGUUCCAAUGUGUAUCGAAGCUAUGGUUAUCUCUUAACACCGAUUUGAUCAAGACUAGGUCUUUAACUCAGCCGCGAUUACUCGUCCUCUUCCACCAUCGUCCGUGGCUUGAAUCUCCACGUCUCUGCUCGUCUACUUAUUCUCUAAACACUAACACAAGAUUCAUAUCCGCAGACAAAGAGUGUCGUAAUACAUUCACUCCUGAGUUAGCUUUCGAUUUUGUGUCUCGAUAUGUCCGUGGACUAAUCUGUUGUUUGUCAAGAUUGGAUGAGUUCAGUACCAUAUACAACCCUACCACGAGACAAUCCGUUGUAUUACCCGGUAUCAAAUACGAUACAAGGGGCUACUCCGUGGAUGGAUUCUUUGGGUAUGAUCCAGUUGAAGAUCAAUACAAAGUGUUGUGUUGUAAUUUAGGGAGUUUUGGGAAGCGUUCUUGUCAAGUUUUCACAUUGGGAAGUCCAAAGAAACGGCAAGGGAGAAACAUUAAUAGCCCGGAGAAUUUCGGUCGAGAUGACGAUUACCGUGGACCAACGAGUAGUGUAUGCAUCAAUGGGAUUAUCUAUUACAUAAGAUAUGGUUACGGAAACGUAAUACUGACGUUUGACGUUAGAUUCGAAAGAUUUGGUCAUAUCCAGAUGCCCAUGAGUGAAAAAAUUUUGAACUCGACAUUGGUAAACUACCAAGGGAAAUUAGGAUGCAUCAGUUACGAAUACGGAAGCGUUAGUUCAGAGAUGUGCAUCUUGGAAGAUCAUAUCGAGAAACAAGAAUGGUCAAAGAUUGGAAUAUUCAUACCUCAUCAUCUAUUAGAGUCUUUAGAUUAUAGUACUUGUAUCGCUGACGCUACUCGUAAUGGUGAGAUUGUGAUUAUGCCCAAGACAUAUGGUCCUGAAACGUUAUACGCAUACUUCCAUGAUCCGAAGCAAAACAAGACUAGAAAAGUUGAAUUAGAAAGCACCUUGAAUGGGGCACUAAAAUAUCAACCGAGAUAUUCUAUCUUUAGUGAGCCAGAUCACAUGGAGAAUAAUAUGGACUUGUGCAGGAUUCAAGUUCAGAAGAAGCCAGCGACGCGACUACCUUUUUUGAAGAAGCAACUAUUGGUUAUAGCGACAAUGUUCAGAACAAAGCUUAUGUCUUUGUUGGACUCGUUGCAUUAG